AUGCACAAGGUUGAAGUGGAAGACACUAAUAUGUUAGACUGUGUGUAUACAUUAAUAUGGCACCGGGUAUUAGCAUAAAAUAUAGCUUUUUAACCAGGAAUAGUUUAUUUCAUAGUAGGGGUUUCCCAUAUAUUGAAUGUAUACAGAAACCAACAGAAAUUAAAUGCUUGAGAGCAUCAACAAAUUCGACCUUGCAACAUCAUGAAAAAUACUGCAUUGAUCUUGUAAGAUCACGAGACUAUGAAGGGUUCGUCUGUUCAUUGCUUCUUCCUGAGGCUGCUCGACGCUCCUCCUUGGCACUGAGGGCUUUCAAUGUGGAAUUGGCACAGGUUAAGGACACUGUGUCUCAGAAGACCAUUGGUUUAAUGCGACUGCAGUUUUGGAAGACUGCAUUAGAAGACCUCUACAGAGAUGACCCUCCAGUUCAGCCUGUCACUGUGGAGCUGUGGAAGGCAGUAAGGAAACACACAUUGUCAAGACGAUGGCUUCUGAGGAUCGUGGCUGAAAGGGAGAAGGACAUGGAGGAUCAAGCUUACAGGAAUCUUCAGGAUCUGGAGACCUAUGCAGAGAACACUCAUUCUUCCCUCCUAUAUCUCCUAUUGGAGACACUAGGAGUAAAAGACAUCAACGCAGACCAUGCUGCCAGCCACAUUGGUAAAGCCCAGGGAAUUGUGACAUGCCUACGAGCCACGCCCUACCACAGCCAGAGGCACAUGGUCUAUCUCCCCAUGGACAUCUGCAUGAAGCAUGGUGCAUCUCAAGAGGACUUUAUUCGUGGGAGCAGGGAGCAGAACGUCAGGGAUGUUGUGUAUGACAUUGCCAGCCAAGCCCAUAUUCAUCUCCAACACGCUAGAUCAUUCAGUAAAAAGGUUCCAAAUGCAGCCUUGCCUGCUUUCUUGCACACAGUUGCUAUUGAGGAUUAUUUGGAGAGAGUAAGGAAGGUAGACUUUAAUGUGUUCCAUCAUGGCCUACAGAGGAGGAAUCCACUUCUGCCCAUUCAGCUUUACAUUCAAUCAUGGAAGAAAUCAUACUGAUCUUUUUCACAUACACUUUGUGGUAUACUGGUAGUUAAUUUUUCUUUGUCUUCUUUUUAACAACCAUUUUUAUUGCUUCAAAAUGAAAGCAAUAGGUUCUGAUAUAGGGCCUCCCCCGCUUAACGAUUGGCUUAUUUGUUAAGAUUAAAUCUUGUAGGAGAGUUAAUUAACUGUUUAAAAAGUCACAUUGUGGUUUCAAUGCAUCAGAUGCAGGUAUUAGCCAGUCUCAGCUUAAAUCACCAGCCAACAGAAUUUCAUUGUAUUUCAGCUGUGACAAUUUCAAAAGAGUAGACAAUGAAUUACUUGGGGAAAAUGGAGGUCUGUAAGAUCCCACCAACGUGAUGAUUUCUAGCAAGUUCUGUACCAAGCGAGAACAACUCAAACUCUCUACUUACAGACUCAGUGAGCAUAAUGCUAAAGUUUCGUGUGUGUGUGUGUGUGUGUGUGUGUGUGUGUGUGUGUGUGUGUGUGUGUGUGUGUGUGUGUGUGUGUGUGUGUGUGUGUGAUGUGUGAUGUGUAUAUAUAUAUAUAUUUCUUUACUUAUCAGUGUGUAGUAUAUAAUAUGUGUGAAUCAGCAUAUCUCAGAUACUAUCUCAAAAUAACCCCUAAAAGCAUACUCCCAUAUCCAAUCUUUUUAUUUUUUUGAAGAUUUGACAGAUGUGUAUACAAGUUUUACUUUGUACUGAGACUUGCAUAUAUCAAAUGCACAUAAUUACCUCUCUGAUCUAUAAAAGUAAGGUUGAAUGGGAGUUUCAAGGUUUUGAAAGAAGAAGUAUAUCAAGACAAUAAACCUUUCUAAUAGUCUAAAGUACAAUUUAAGGCUCUUAUACUUCUGGACUUGAUUGAACAUAUGAAUUUCCUUGAUUGAACAUUGAAUUUUCACUGUAAAGUAGAAGAAAUAUUCAGUUAGAAAAUAUUCAUGCAUCAGAGAACCCUUUCUCCAAUUACACAAGAUAAUACCAGAAACACUGGAUUGGAAUCAGUGUACAAUACCCUGGCUUUACUAAAUAUGAAAAAAUAUCCAAUCCAGUUUUCAUGGAUGACAUAUGUUGUUAUUAUAUGAUAUUGGGUCAACAUAAUGAAAAAUAUAAAAUAUCUUCUGUUUAUAUUGCAUAUGUAGCGCAUCCAGUCAAGAUGUUGACCUUAUUACAGAUGGAUUGUCAAAAACUGGAAAAUAAAUAAAUAAAUAAAUAGAUUAAUU